GCUCGGCAGCCGGCGGGACGCGGCGGUGGUGCUGCCCUCGCUCCUUUGUGCUCGGACGGCGGCGGCGGCCUCUCGGGUCCUGACUGGCGCGUCUUCUCUGCUCGCCAGCCCGCGCUCUCCGGUGACGGACCAUGUCGGCGGCGGGAGCGGGCGCGGGCGUGGAGGCGGGCUUCUCCAGCGAGGAGCUGCUGUCGCUCCGUUUCCCGCUGCACCGCGCCUGCCGCGACGGGGACCUGGCCGCGCUCUGCUCGCUGCUGCAGCACACGCCGCGUGCUCACCUGGCCGCCGAGGACUCCUUCUACGGCUGGACGCCCGUGCACUGGGCCGCGCACUUCGGCAAGUUGGAGUGCUUAGUACAGUUGGUGGGAGCCGGAGCCACGCUGGAUGUCUCCACCUCCCGUUACGCACAGACCCCAGCCCACAUCGCCGCUUUUGGGGGACAUCCUCAGUGCCUCGUCUGGUUGAUCCAAGCAGGAGCCAGCGUUAACAAACCGGACUGUGAGGGCGAGACUCCUAUUCACAAGGCGGCUCGCUCUGGGAGCCUGGACUGCAUUAAUGCCCUGGUGGCUAACGGGGCUCAUGCCGACCUGAGAAAUGCCAGUGGCCUGACGGCAGCAGACAUUGCUCAAAGCCAGGGUUUCCAAGAGUGUACCCAGUUUCUCUUGAACCUCCAGAAUUGUCAUCUGAAUCCUUUCUAUAACAGUGGCCCCUUAAAUGGGGGCCAUCCGAAUGUAUUUCCUAAUCACAUUAGUGUGGGAACACAUCGCAAGAGAUGCUUGGAAGAUUCGGAGCCCUUUGGAGUAAAGAAAGCUCGAACCACAGCUCAAAGCUCGGAUGACCCCAUGCCGCUCCUGAAUGGCGAGGCGGAAGACGAUGCCGACAGCAUGCACGUCGAUAGAGAGUUUGUAACAGAUACGAAAAACAGUAGCUCCGUAUCGAAUACACUGACAAAUGGAUGUCUCAUCAAUGGACAUUUGGACUUCCCCUCCAUGACACAGCUCAGUGGGAUGGAGAGCAGGAGUGACCAGUGCUUAACAGGACUUAAUGGAAUUGGCGGUGGACUAGUUCCAGGACCGCCGUUUCCGAGUAGCCAGGGUUCUCCCUGUGUUCAUGGGACUGAAGAGCCAGAAAAGGGCACGAGCGUUAACCCUGAGAUGUGCGGCUCUCUGCACCUGAACGGGAGUCCAAGCAGCUGCGUAGCCAGCAGGCCUUCCUGGGUGGAAGAUAUCGGGGAGAACCUGCACUACGGACACUACCACGGGUUUGGGGACACGGCCGAAAGCAUCCCAGAGCUGAGCGGUGUGAUAGAGCGCUCCAACUCGGUGAAGCCGGAGGAGGGGCACGACGGCGCCAUCCUGGGCACCAUGCACCUGUUCCACGGCUCUUAGGGCCAAGGCCGCCUCUUGGACACGUCAGGCCUCCUGCUAACCAACUCCGAAUACUAGUGUAGCGUCAACCUGAAGGAAUGCCACAACUUGUACUAUGUUUUUAUACUUCAGCUUUCUGAAAAAGUGCACUCUUAUUUGGCAGGUUCUCGUUGAGUCCGAGCUUGAGUACAAGUAGGCUUAUUUAGCACACAGGUGUCUCUCCGUGGGAUAGUGGGCCUCUUUCAGGAUGCACUUCUGAAAUUUAAUUUUUCUGCUGCCAAUCUCAAUAUUUUCUUUUGAAUACGAUCACCAUAAAUUGCCAUUUUUCCUUCUGUCAAAUUAAAUUGUAUCUGAUCAGGAUAAAUUGCAGACAGUAAAUGAGGUGCCUGGUAAUUUACCCCUUUGCACAUGGGCAUCAUUUUGAAGAGCUCGCUUUUACUCUCUCCAGUAGAAUUUUUGACAGAAGACAACUCUUUCCCUAUGCAAGGUACAGCCUUACAAAGAUUUCUUGCAGUGAUUUGUAUGAAGAAAAGAACGGUUGCCUUUUUCAAAGUCUUUUCAUUGGAACUUUGCUACGGGCCGUGUGGUGAAGGUCUUACUUGUAGGCACACGUAUUGGUUUGGGGACAUGAGUGGUCCCUUCUUUAAUGGUGUAGCUCACUGCCCUGGAUUUCACUGAAAGCACCUGCAGCCUGGGACUGACUUCUGAUUUGAUGUGUUUUUAUUCCACAUUUCCUACUUGGACUCUAGGAUUGUUACCACAGAUAAUGGUUUCCCUUAUAUGUAGUGGAAGUUCCUCUUUGUAGGGGAGUGUCAGGUCUAAAUAUUUAACUGACUCUUUUCACUUAUAUUUUCUUUUUUCCUUGUUUUUGUUUUUUGGGGUUUUCUGCUUUAAAAUAUAUACCACUAUAUAUAUCCAGUUAACUGAGGGAAUUUUGAAUCUCUCUUAAUAAAGCUGCAUUAAGUUUAUGGUUUUAUAGAAAUUAGCUUUUGUUUAGGCAACUAGUGGUUACACUGUGCAAAUAUUGUCAUGAAUUUUUACUUUUCUGAUUUUUGUAAUAAAAAUUGGUGAAGAUAGAGGAUGUGUCAGAUGAACAAAACCAAUGUUCUCAGAGUGUUACUAACAUUUUGUUUUUAAAUUGUCCUUUACACAUGGAAUAAACAAAAGCU